AUGUUUAUAAGCACACUAAACUUGUUAUUAGAACUAAGAAAAGGCACUCUAGAAUUAGACAUCAUAAAAUAGCAUUUAUAAUAGCAUAGUUUAAUGAAUGAAAUAGAAAUUAAUGCAUUGAUGGACUUAACAAAAUAAAUAAAAGAAUCAAUCACUGAUGAUGAAUAGAGGGUUGGGAUUCUAAAUGAAAUUGAUGCUAUUUUAUUAAAUAUAUUGUAAGAAAAAAGAGAGACCAAUUCUAAUACUGAUAACUUUUUAAAUUAUGUACAAUAAAGCAAUUAAAAUAAUAUCGGUAUAGCAAUACUUAACAAUUAUGGCCAAUUCAUCUUGACUGAUCAACUUACAAGAAAUAUUCUUGAAUUAAAUAUAUUGAAAUUAGAAGCAGUUAACUUUUUUUCAUUAAUCAGCAAAGUCUCUUAAAAUAUGUUGAGGGAAAAAUUUAAUGACUGCUGUCUAUUAUAAAAGGGGAAUGCAAAGUAAACCUUUUAAUUGGCUAUGUAUUCAAAGAGAAAUAAAAAAAAAAGUAUUUAGUAUUUGAAACAAUUUGCUAAAGAAAAAGAAAAGAGGAAAUUAAAAUACUCUUUAGCGAAAAAUACAGAUGCAGAACCAAUAUAAUAAGAGCUAAUCUUAAUGGCAAAGUACUUAAAAUCGCUGUAAGUCACAAUAUCAAAGACGAAUCUAUAAUUACAUGAUGAUUUUAUAGAAUCUUUCAGAGAUUCAAAUGAUAUACUACUACACAAUCUAUCUUCACUAAUACCAAAUUAAUUAAACUAAGUGGCUGUCUGUGAGAUAUAUGAAUUGGAUUAGCAUCUAAAUUUCAGUGUUGAAGCCUUGUUAUCUGAUCCUUUCAUUAAGAAGAAUGAAGUAAAGUGGAGUAAAUUAGUUAGGAAAUUGGGUGGUUAGGAGCCGACUUAUGAAGACUUUAUUAUAUGA